AUGUGGCUUUUGAACAAUCACAGCCAAGGGGACAAGGGAAAACCCUAUCAUGGGGCCAUUAAGGUGAUGUUCACAUCAGCAGUGGCAAAACCAAGGUUCAAUGAAAAUGAUGAAUGCACAUUUGAUGGGAAAUUGAGCAUAUUUCCGUUCACUUAUCUAGAAGCACCAAAGAGGACAUCAAAGAACAGAGGCAAGGGGACAAUGAUCACUAAAGUGGUUGAAUCAGUCAGACAAAAGGAGACAAAGGACAUGCUCAUCAAUCAAAUUGUACCAACAAUCAUGGAGAAAUGGCCACACAGUGAAGGUCCAAAGACAAUAUUCAUACAACAAGAUAAUGCAAGAACGCACAUUAAUCAUUCUGAUCCACAAUGGCAACAAGCACAUCAACAAGGAGACUUCACAUUCAUUAUUGUUCAACAACUACCAAACAACCCCGACUUAAACAUUCUAGACUUGGGUUUUUUCAGGAGUAUUCAAUCUUUGAUGCACAAAAAAAUGCCAAAGGAUGUUGAUGCUAUGAAUGAUGCAGUGAAUCAAGCAUACUAUGAAUUAGAAGCAAGAACACUUGGUAAUGUGUGGUUAUCAUAUCAAUAUGUUAUGAAUGAGAUGUUAAAGGCAAAGGGUUCCAAUGAUUAUGAUUUAUCACAUGUGAACAAGGCAAGACUUUUAAGUCAGGGAAGACUUCCAAUUCAAGUCAUUGCACCAAUGUGGGCAGUACAUUAA